GAUCCAAACAGGCCCAGUUUACUAUCGUCGCCGGUACUCCAUUCCGCCACCGCCUCUCUGCCGCCGGACCACCGCCUUCUUCCGACGGCUCUAGUUUUCUACUGUUGAUCGAGAACAGAACUUGCCGCACUGUUUUAGGGUUUGGAAACGUCAGCUACAAAUUAAAGGACCUGUACUUUUGAAGUUGAUAGUGAAUCAUGAAAAAAUCGGGAUAUGGUUUACAGUUAAGAGUUCCACCAUCGCAGCAGAAGAAGAAACAGCCGGCGAGGCCUCCGCCUCCUAAAGCACUUGGUUUUGGGGAUGGUGAUGAUGAUGAUGUUGAGAAAGAAAUUUCUCGUCAUGCCUCUAAGAAUAAGGCUCUCAAAGAUAUUGAAGAACAACAUAAGAAGGCUUUAGAAGAGGACCCUUCAGUAUUUGAUUAUGAUGGAGUGUAUGAUGAUAUGAAAGUGAAGGCUGUCCAACCUCGAGCUCAGGAUCGCGAAGAGAGGAAGCCAAAGUAUAUCCAGAUGCUAAUGGAGAAGGCAAAACAACGAGAACGGGAGCAUGAGGUCAUUUAUGAGAGGAAAAUAGCAAAAGAGAGGAGUAAAGAUGAUCAUCUUUUUGCAGACAAAGACAAGUUCGUCACUGCUGCUUAUAAAAGGAAACUUCAAGAGCAGGCUAAGUGGUUGGAGGAAGAGCGUCUUCGUGAGCUACGAGAGGAGAGAGAUGAUGUUACUAAGAAGACUGACAUCAGUGAUUUUUACUUCAGUCUUCAGAAAAAUGUUGCCUUUGGAGGCGAGGGCAAGUCCAAGAAGGCUGUGAAUCAUCAUGAACCGGAAGCAGUUCAGACAGAAGAAAAGCCUUCAUCAUCAGCGGAUGUACAUUCACACAUGUCUAGGGAGAUAAAGACACAAGAUCAUGAACCUUCUGUUUCUCCUCCUCGUAAGGAAAGGACUGAUGGAGCCGCAGAUAUGAAACCUCCUUCAGAUGGUUUGUCUGAAAAGAGGGCUGAAAAACUAACUUCCGACAAUGUACCAACUACUACCACUGAACCUGCGGCAAGUGAUCAACCAAAAGUUGACCAUCAUAAAAGAAGUCUGGACGCUGUUGCUGCAGCUAAGGAACGGUUCUUGGCUAGGAAGAAGGCGAAGGAACAAUAGGUUCCAGCUGCUGCUCUUGUUCUUUUGGGCUCUGAUCAAAGCUGCAUAGCUUCCUUGUUUUUGAAACUUCUGGACAAUGGAGUAGGGUUGUCAAGGAUCAACCGGAAAUCGCCUCUCUAUCCCGUAAAGGUUGGGGUGAGGUUGCAUACAUCUUAACUCUCCUGUCCACUUGUGGGAUUAAAUUGGGUUUAUCGUUGUUGUCUUAAAAGUAGAAAUAGUGCCCACAAGUUACUUUUUGGUUCCCGCUUUUGAAAAAUAGCUAUUGUAAUGAUAUUUAAAAGUCUAGAAACUGGAACCCUCAGAUAUUAUCAUGAAAUAUUUCAAAUUGAUUUUGAAACUUCAAGAUAAUAACUAUUUUUUCACUUAUUGGGGCUGAAAAGUGAUUUAUUUUGU